AUGUUCCGCACAGCCGCCAUCCGCUCGGUCACCCGCGCCGCCCUCGCUCCUCCCGCCGCCGCCGUCGUCCGCAGGACCGCCCUCGUCGCCGCCGCGCCGCGCGUCGUCGCCCUGCGCGCCACCCAGAGCUGCUUCGUCCCCGUCCGCAUGUACAGCGCCGGCGGUGGCCUGAAGAAGGAGGAGGUCGAGGGCCGCAUCAUGACCCUGCUCCAGGGCUUCGACAAGGUUAACGAUGCUUCCAACAUCAAGCCCGCCGCUCACUUCGCCAACGACCUCGGUCUCGACUCGCUCGACACCGUCGAGGUCGUCAUGGCUAUUGAGGAAGAGUUCAGCAUCGAGAUCCCCGACAAGGACGCCGACGCCAUCCACUCCGUUGACAAGGCUGUCGAGUACAUCCUCAGCCAGCCCGAUGCCAACUAA